AUGUCUUACCAACAGCAGCAGUGCAAGCAGCCUUGCCAGCCUCCUCCUGUGUGCCCACCUCCAAAGUGCCCUGAGCCAUGUCCUCCUCCAAAGUGCCCAGAGCCUUGUCCUCCUCCAAAGUGCCCAGAGCCUUGUCCUCCUCCAAAGUGUCCAGAACCUUGUCCUCCUCCCUCAUACCAACAGAAAUGCCCUCCUGUGCAAGCUCCUCCAACCUGCCAGCUGAAGUGUCCACCAAAGAGCAAGUGA